GAUACAGCAUGCAGGUCCGUCCUUGAGCUAAUUAACGGUAUGAUGGGCGCUUUCCAGUGCAAUGUUUUUUCGAUAUAAAAGUAAAAGCUACUCGUCCCCACAAUAUCCCGUACCAUACAUUAAGCGUCUCGCCCACUCGCAGUUAUUCUCAACUUGGGUUUUCCCUACAGCGCUGCAUUUGCCGCCAGGCUCACCUUAUUCGUAGUAGAAUGGUGAUGUCCACGCUAGCAUGGACAACUACGAGCUUGGCUGACUAUCAAGACGUGUACAGUACAAAUUAUGUUGGUUUGGCAGGAUUCACUUUAUUGGUCUGGGAUCACUUGAUCACUUUUGCUGAUGAGGUAGAAUUUAUAUGGCAAGGUCGCAAAGGCGCUCUGGUAUAUCUUUUCCUGUUGAACCGAUAUAUGACACCUCUUGGGUUUAUCGUCAAUCUUGUUGCAUAUUUAUCAACUUGGCCCCAAAACAGGUGUACGCACUUCGUACGAUAUGAAGGCGCCAUGACUUUGCUCGGUAUACAAAUUGUGGCAUUGAUGAUGUUACUCCGAGUUUACGCUAUGUACCCCGACAACAAGUCAUUAGUUGGUUUACUGGUGCUCAUUUUCCUUGCUUGGACGGGCGUGAAUGCAUUGCUACUUGCAAAGGCUAGUUCUGUAUUGCACGAGGGCUUAUCAUCUUGCACGAUGGUGUUUGAUCCGGGAAUGCCAUUCCAUAUAGCAUCAUCAUCAGCAUGGUUUCCCCUGAUGUUCGAUACUGUCGUAUUUGUCUCAACAAUGUAUCGAGCGAUCCCAUCGAUUAGACAUAAAGAAGCUGGGCGUAUUCUACGGACUAUGCUCAACGAUGGUUUACUGUAUUACAGUGUUAUAUGUGGGGUAAAUCUCGUGUUGACUGUUAUGAUUGUUCGGGCACCCCCAGGAAUACAAAACAUUACUGCUCAACUCGAAUUGCUUCUCACUGUUGCAAUGAUGUCACGCAUCACUCUGAACUUGAAGAAGCAAGCCGCCCAAGAAAUUUUCAGUUCCACUGGUUCUGUAGUCUACCCAGUAUCCUUUGCACGCUCUCGCUCUGGUUCCGAGGGCUCUAUUCGUCCACCGUCCGUGGUGAUGUUCCAUCCUCAGGCUGGUUCGUCAUCAUCCGCGAAGGCGCGAGGCUCAGCCAUCAGAUUUUCGGAGCCGCUUGAUCAAAAUCCAAGAGCCGGUCCUCGUCUGAACACGAAAUUCUCAGAAAGUGAUACGGGCUUGACUCCUGAGCUUGAAGAAGUGGGGUUCUCUUGGGAAGUACGCGGAUCUUACGAGAUGAAAGCCACUGGACGAAACAAGGGCUCGGGUGUGGAGACACAAUCUUAGCUCUGUGUUUCCUGGCUCAGACUUGUAUCAAGACUAAGGUGUUUCAUAUAUUUUAUUUAACUGUGAAAGAUACGUGUACAGAUUACUGGCUUCAUACCAUGUAUCACUCUUAUGAUGUGGCCUUGAGAUCAGGACUAGUUUUACUCUAUAUUCUUCGUAACUUAGGUCUCGGUGGUUUUAUGUAUUCUAUGAAUCUGGUGUACGCCCU